GCUUUCAACCAAUCACAUGAGAGGCAAGACAGACUCGAACGCCUCAAAAAGACUUUCCCGUAGUUAGGCGAGCAGUGCAGGGUUUGUGGUCAAGAGUUCGUCUCGAGGCUCGGUCGCGUCCAGUUGUCCAUUAGAGGCAGAUGAAAACAAAUUGAACAGUGGCCAUUCCAUACCUGAAGAACAGAACAGCCUUUAUCCACAACAGCAGACACAUGAAGUGAGGAGGAAGUCAGAUAUUUGCAAACAUGUCUACGAAUCAACCUGAGGCAGGAGAUAAACGGAAGGCAGGAAUUGUAGAAGGAGGUGACCCAGAGGCUUCCUCCACAAAGCAAAGUCGGCUCAAGAAUGUUGUUCAGUCUGGUACCUCAAGUGGCCCAGUAAAAGAUUCAAGUUCAAAGAUCUUCAAAGACCCUGUUCAUGGAACUAUAACGGUGACGGGUUUGUGUGUGAAGAUAAUAGACACCCCGCAGUUUCAGAGGUUGAGGUAUUUGAAGCAACUUGGAGGAGGUUACUUUGUAUACCCGGGCGGAGCACACAAUAGGUUUGAGCACAGCAUCGGAACCUACUAUUUGGCUGGAACAUUUGCUCGGAUUCUGCAACAGGAAUAUCCAGAACUGGAGGACGAUGAAAUCAAGUGCAUUGAAAUAGCAGGACUGUGCCACGAUCUCGGACACGGCCCAUUCUCACACGUCUUUGACAACUUCUUUAUACCUCGUGUGGUGCCAGGCAGCAAGUGGAAGCAUGAGGAUGCAUCAGUGAUGAUGCUGGAAUAUUUACUUGGAGAAAAUAUCGAAGUGAAGAAAGCCUUUAAGAAGUUUGAUAAAGAUGGGACUCGUCUCGAGCUCAUUAAGGAUCUCAUCAAAGGCGGGAAAGGAGAGGAUCAUGUGAAAGAUGAACGUGUGCUCGAAAAGAGGAAAACAAGGCCUUUUCUUUAUGAAAUUGUCAACAACGCCCAAACGGGAAUUGACGUAGACAAGUGGGACUACUUUGCUCGCGACUGUCACAUGAUGGGCAUAAAAAAUAACUUCGACCACGACAGGUACAUGAAGCUGGCGCGUAUAAUCCUCGUCGAAGAAGAAGGCGGCAAAGUGCCCCGGAUCUGUGCAAGAGACAAGGAGGUCGCCAACCUGUACGAGAUGUUUCACACCCGGAUGACGUUACACCGAAGAGCAUACCAGCACCAAGUUACCCGUGGAGUGGAACUCAUGAUUGUUGAUGCGCUCGUAAAAGCUAACGCAACAGUGUGGAUAUCAGGACGGGAUGGUUACCGAAAAAUAUCUGAAUGUAUCGAGGACAUGGAGGCCUACUCCAAGCUAAAUGACAGCAUCCUACAACUGGUGGAGCUUCCCAUAACACUGGGGAUGAGUCCCCAAGAAACUGACUCUGGCACACUUGAAGCAAGAGAAAUCAUCGGAAGAAUCUGGAAAAGAGAUUUGUAUAAGUGUGUUGGCCAAUACAAUCUGUCUGCUGCGGACACUUUUACACAAGAUGACAUUCCGGAUAUUAAAGAACAAAUUCUUCAUGCUGAAAAAGAAACAACCUUUGAUGGAGAACAGUUUGACAUCAUUCUGAAGUCUUUCGAUUAUGGACAGAAAAAAGAUGAUCCAAUAACAAAAGUUUGGUUUUAUAACAAAUCAAACCCUGAAAAGGCUUUCACCCAGCCAGAAGAACAGAAAUCACGGAUGCUUCCAAAAAGAUUUCAAGAGCGUGGAAUUGCUAUCUAUUCCAAAAACAAGAAGUUCGAGGAAGAUAUUGCCGAAAGUUUCAGGCUCUGGUCUAAUGCACGAAAAGAAGAGUUCCCGGAAGAUUAAGGAAGACAUGACACAGAUGCCAGAAGCCUGGAACCAGUGAAAUGGAAAUGCCCUCACAAUACAGAAGCCGUGUGACGGUGAUAACCGAAGGCCUUCAAAGGCUUAGUGCUAUUUAAUGUGUAACAUUCAAUCUUCAUAUCUUAUCAUAAUAGAUUUUAUUCAUGGCUGGUGUCUUAAUGGUGAUAGAUAUGAAAUAGUUGGUUGACAUCUGCAUGCUGAUUAAGUCUCUGCGACUGACCACAUUUCACUGAAGGAAACGGAUCAGUUUCAUGAUGCGUUUGACAGCACGACUAAUUAGAUUCAAACGUGUUCUUUACAUCUUUCUUUUUGUGCCUAAACUUGGAUUCACAUCUUUCUUGGUAAAUACAUGUACAUUUUUUAAGAAAUUUUUUGUCCUUGCUUACUUACGCAUUUUUGUCAACGUUCCAAGUAACAUAUUAAAUGAAGCAGAUAGUUUCAUGUAGUUGAAGCUUUAAUUAUUCUCCCCCCAGUGUUUUAUUGUACGUUAAACAACCCCCAUAUAUUUCUUAUAUGAGAUAUAAACAUCAUGUACAGCAUAUUUAAGGAUGACGAUAAAAUGUACAAACUUAAAAAAUAUUUACCUGUAUUUUAAUAGUGAUGGCGUGGUCCAACAUAAGACGUCAUCAAUUUGCGAGCACAUGUUGGUAUCUCCAGAAAUGAUGUCAUCGUUGAAGAAUGUUUCAUCGUAAAAUUAAAUACACUUCGUUCUUUAUUGUUCUUUGCGAUUUAUCGCUUUGCUACAUGUAUGCUAUAUUCUGCUAUAAAUGUAUAUUCGAUCUUUCUAAAAGAAACGAUAAAAUGAAAAUAGUUCUGCCACUUUAAUUAUUUGAUGAUACACACAAACACACAUAUGCUUUCGUUACUUCAUAUCUCGUAUAUCCAGUCAAACCACAACUUUAUAUUAUUUGUUCUCCCAUGUUGAUGCUCUGAUGAGUCCUUUGUAACAUUCUGAUUAUAUUACCAAGCUGCUUUACAAACAUAUACUGUCUGCUA